AUCGUUUGCUGAUUGGCUGAGAACACCAAGAGUUGAAGGUUGAAUCUUCUGUCAAAAACUGAGAGAACGGUAAUUUUCACUUUCACAAAAAAAUCGCUUCGCUUGGACGUCGCAGUAGUUUGCCCAUACAAUACCAUCAUGAGUGGUGCAGUCAGAGAGAUCACUGUAACUACUGAUCCAGGCACCCCGUACUUCCUGCGAGUGGACUGGGCCGUAGAUCUGGGUGCUGGGUUCACACUGGCCCUCACUGAUGGCAACUCAGCAUGGAUCGGAGAAGUUUCAGAAGAUGAGGUGACAAGGGAAGCCAACGAUAUUGGAGGCACGAGGGAAAGAUAUGUUGAGGAUCUUCUUCAAGCACUAACAGGAGGUGAAGGGGGAAGAGGAGGAGGAAGGAGAAGAGGCAACAAGGAGGUGUAUUCUUUCCACCUCUCUCCAGAUCACUGUCAUCUCUCAUAUCUGAAGAUCUGUAAUGACAUCUCGGUGCACUUGGGUUCUGUGCAGCUCCAGCCAGCUCCAGACUCUCUAGAGCUUAACCGAGAGAUGAUUGGAGAGUCCCUAAAGCGCGGUACGGAUCUGGGAUCAGAAAAUUGCCAGCUGUUGGAGGAGAACUGUAGACUGAAACAGGAGCACCAGAGAAUACUCAGAGAGCUGGAGCAGCAGGUUCAGGAUAAGGAAAUGUUGGAGAGAGAGCUGUACUCACGUUUUGUGAUGGUUCUGAACGAGAAGAAGGCCAAGAUCCGAGAGCUGCAGGAUGCUGUCCGCCAGCUCCAAAAGGCCGAUGACCAACAGAGAGAUGAGGAGGGGAGACAAAGUAACAAUGGUGGAGAUGACAUUCAGGACAGAAGAGAUGAAACAGUUCAGAGCAUCCAUCCAUCUCAGGAGUCAACUAUCCUCAUCACAGGUCGUAAUCUGGUGUGCCAGGGGAUCUCUGUGGACCAGACUUUUUCCGAUGAUGAAGAUAAACAACCGAGACGGAAGCGGAGGUUUCUUAACACACUGAGCCCAGAGCCUUCUGAGCAGGAAUAAAACCGCAGAUAGAUGACAUCCAGGGCUCAUCGUGAACAUGAUUAAAGCCCUAAAUCUAUGGAUUUUAUGAUUUUUUAUGAACAGGUUUUCUUGACCCCUAUCCAGAUAUGUGGGAAGCUACUUUCGGCUAGUCAACCCUCACCUCGAUACACACAACCAAAACAUUGACAACCAGGCGACAUUGUCCUGGAGGUGUCACCACAUUUGAUGCCAGAUUUCGUCCCAGAUUGUGAAAGUAAUUUCAGAAAGACAGAGUAUGUUACUGCCAUCUGGUUUGCUUUAACUGUGACAAUUACCUGCCACAGCUCUCAUGAGAGACGUGCUGCUCGUCUCUCCCCUUCAAUAAAUCAAAAGACGAACAGUUAAUGACACUAUCUUUUCCCAAGCACUCCCGACCGCAUGCUCUGUUUGGUGCUGGCGUCAAGACUUUGUCGCCCAGAUGCGUCAGUGGUCAUGUGACAACAGGCACUUAACGCCCUCCAGCGCUUCCAUUGCUGUUAAUGACUUGGAGAAUUUGGUAGAGAGUCUGGACCAGGAGUAUGGAGUUUGACUUCGUCCUGAGCUCGAAUUUGGCUGCCAAGCCCCUGUGCCUUGGCUUAUGUGAGACCAGAGAAAGAGUAACAACUACUGAGGGACAACAGGCUACACCCAGAAAACAGGGUGUCACCACCAAGGAGCCGAAGCUGCUUUGUUGCUGCUUAUUCAUCAUGUCAUUGCUUAUGUUUCCGUCCCUCUUUUCAUUAUGAAAAUAAACUAGACGGCAUCUCUUUAAUUUCCCCCUUUUAAACUAGCAUUUUGCGAACAAUAAUUUCACCUCCCCCCUUUUUUCAUUUUCAUCUGCCCUUUUAUUCUGCAAAUGUUCCGUGGCCCAAACUACCUGGGGGGUGUUUUGCCGAAGGUUAAUAGGGUUAUGUUGUCUCUCACUCUCUUCAUCUCCUCACCUCUUCCAUUACCCAUGCUUCCAGCUCUAGGUCCUGAGGUCAUCACAGUGUGUCUUCACACUGACUGUAAUGAACUUAUGGAGACCUAUUCAGGGUAUUUAUCUGACCAUUUUACCUUUGACUUCUGGAUUUUCCUGCUGUCUUUUAUGAUUUUGAUGAUACCUACAGGUCUGCUGAAGACCACGGGUGGUAGCCAAGAUAAUCCCACAACACGCGCUUGCUGGUUAAUCCCCAGGAGAAUGUCAGACUCUCUCCUCUAUGCAUCCCAUUAAUACGGCAUUUUCUAAAGGGAAGUCCAGAUCAGUUUCUAAGGAUUAUUUACAGAUAAGUGCAUGACAUUGUGCGAUGUAGGAUGACACAAAGUGUUAAAGAUCAGGAGACUAAACUGAAAAAUUCAGUCAGUGGUUUCAUUCAGAAUAUUACGAUAACAUGCUCAGUUAUUAAAUGCAGUAUAUUCUCAAACAUGCCUAUUUGUGUUCUUUGUAACCCUAAAGUUACAGUACCACGUGGCCUUCGAGCAAGGGCUUCGAGAUCAAUGGGCUACAGCAGCCCAUGCAGCUAAGGGGUUAACAUUGUUUGUGAGAGAGCGAUGAUGGCUGUGCCAGGCUGAAUUAAAUGUUUAGUCACUUGCUUAUCAUCGUCAUUCACUUACUGCGUGCACCUGUAGGUUUCUCAUCAUCCAGGGAAAAGACAGGAUUCUUCCUGCUUUCCCGCCACAGAGCUACAGUGAGACAGAGCGGUCUUUGUCUGUUGCUAGGCUGUGCUGCUUCACCGACCUCACACUGUAAUGUCUGAAAUAACUUGGCCUGACACAAGCAAUAUUUGAAAACUGAAGAUGACAACGUAUUUGGGAAUUUAUCAUCAAAUAGACUCUUAUGAGUUCAGUUUACUCACCCUUCAGACACAUUGGGCUGAUUGGUGUCUGCCUACACUUAAGAUUAUUGCACUCACUUGCUGUGUGAAUCAACUAAAUUUUGUGAUUCCGUAGAGCAAUAAACUUUUUAUAAAGACUA